UUUACAUUGCGUGACCAGUCUUUCUGUAGUCUUUCUCAAGUUCUCAGCUUUAAUUCAAAAUUUUAUUUCAUUUGUUAUUUUGUUUGAAAUUUCUCUGUGUAAUUAUGCAAAUACUAUGUCCUCCAAUUCCCUUUCUUUUGAUUCCUACAUGAUGGCCCUUGAGUUGGUUAGGAGUGGGGUGACGGACGCGGUGAGUUUUUUAGUGUGGAAGCGAUUUGAGUUGGAGAAAAUACAGUUGGAUAAAGUGCUUGGUGGUUGUCGGGGGUAUGUAUUCUGUUUAUUUACUUCCCUUUUUGAUAAUAACCCAAAAAAAAUUGUUUUUAUGUUUAUUUAAAUUUAUUUUAUUUUUUUAUUUUUUUAUAGAGUUCAAAUUUUGAUUCCUGAGUGGGUGGAUGCUGUGGUUAGAGUCCCCUCAUUCUCUAAAUGGCCUUCACAUCUGGUGGAUAUGAGGAGAUCGGUUAGAAGCGAUGUGGAAGAGGUUACUUGGCACCAGGAGUAUCGUUGGAGUUGGACUGAAAAAAAGUUUCAAUACCGCGGCUACUGGGAUCCUGCGUCUUUUCAACACCCAACAUUUUGUGUUGUUCCUGAUAACUUAGAGAUCGAGGAGAUUCAGGGCUGUUUAGGCGUUAAUAUUUCCAAUUAUCCCUAUUCCAGCUUACCAGCUUUUCAGAGGACCUAUGGGCCACGUCCCACCAAUCCGGCCUUGGAAUUGAUUUUUUGUCAAAUAUAUAGAGAAGCAUGGGAAGAAAUUGUUUUGGUGGACAGUAGGUGGGAGACUGUAAGUUCCCCUUUUUCUUUAUUCUUUUCCUAUUUUUUUUUGUUUUAAAUUAAAUAAAAUUUUGUUAAAAAAAAUGUUUUUUUUGUUUUCAGAGAUGGGCUCUACGCAUGCCGGUCAUUUGGCAUGAAUGCUAGGUUUUUUGUGUUAUU